AUGGCUCCCAAGAUCGCUAUCGUCUACUACUCCAUGUACGGCCACAUCCGCCAGCUGGCCGAGGCUGAGAAGCGCGGCAUUGAGAAGGCCGGCGGCUCUGCCGACCUGUACCAGAUCGAGGAGACCCUGCCCCAAGAGGUCCUCACCAAGAUGCACGCUCCCCCCAAGCCCACCGACGUCCCCGUCCUCUCCGACCCGACUGUCCUCCAGGGCUACGAUGCCUUCCUGCUCGGCAUCCCCACCCGUUACGGCAACUUCCCCGCCCAGUGGAAGGCCUUCUGGGACAAGACGGGCCAGAUCUGGGCCUCGGGCGGCUACUGGGGCAAGAUGGCCGGCAUCUUCCAGUCGACGGCCUCGCUCGGCGGCGGCCAGGAGACGACGGCCGCCAACGCCCUGAGCACCCUCGUCCACCACGGCAUCAUCUACGUGCCCUUUGGCUACGCCAAGGCCUUCGCCCAGAUGGCCGCCCUUGACGAGGUCCGCGGCGGCUCCGCCUGGGGCGCCGGCACCAUCGCCGGCGCCGACGGGUCCCGCCAGCCCUCGGCCCGCGAGCUCGAGCUCGCCGACGACAAUGGCGACAAGAAGGCUGCUGCUGCUCCGGCCGCCGCAGCCACGACGACGACUACUACGGCGGCCAACAAGACGGACAACGGCGGUGCUGCUGCUCAGCCCGCUCAGGAUGGCCAACACCCUGUCAAGGAGAAGAAGAAGAGUGGCGAGGGACCUUGUGGACUGCCUGCCAAAUGCGUGGUCCAGUAA